AUAAAAAAAGAUAAAAAUUCAACGAGUACUAUUUGUCUUCUUUCCAUUAAUUUCCUUCUUGUAACAUACAGACAUCUGAGGAUCAAAUCUUCUCUGAUAUGGGAAAGUUUAAAAGAAACCUUACUUUAGUCACCACCCUUUUGAUUUUGCUUCAACUAUGCAGCAACGUAUCUUGCAUCACAAGCACCUUAAUCACUAGAAACAACACGAUACGAGACGGAGACACACUGAUCAGCGAGGAAGAAGUUUUCGAGCUCGGAUUCUUCAGCCCGAACGAUUCAUCCUUAAGGUAUGUCGGAAUCUGGUACCAGAACAUCCAACCUCAAACAAUCGUCUGGGUAGCAAACCGAGAGAGGCCAUUGUCUGAUCACAACGGAGCUAUAAAGCUUGCAGAUGACGGGAACUUGGUGGUCGUCGACGGGAAAAACAACACCGUUUGGUCCACAAACGUGCCGCCCAAGUUAAAAAAUACCGUUGCUGUUCUAUUGGAAACAGGGGAUCUGGUUCUGUGUUCAGAUUCGGACAGGGACACUAGGUAUUGGGAGAGCUUUAACAACCCAACUGAUACUUUCUUGCCCGGUAUGCGGGUUAGGGUGAACCCAUCAAUCGGAGAGAAUCACGCUUUUAUCCCGUGGAAAUCCGAAACUGAUCCCUCACCAGGAAGUUAUUCAAUGGGGAUUGAUCCCUUUGGGGCAAUAGAGAUUGUGAUUUGGGAAGGGGAAACGAGGAAAUGGCGAAGCGGACCGUGGAACUCAGCUAUCUUUACCGGCGUACCAGAUAUGUUUCAUUUCACCAAUUACAUUCAUGGGUUUAAGCUCUCUUCUCCUCCUGAUCCAGAUGGUAGCGUGUUCCUCACGUAUGUUCCAUCGAAUAAGGACGACUUAUCGAGGUUUCGUAUUAGAUUUGAUGGCAUUGUAGAGCAGUUGAGAUGGAAUAGGGAUGCCAGGAACUGGACUUCACUUCAAGUGAAACCGAGCAAGGAAUGUGAGAAGUAUAACCGUUGCGGUAAUUACAGCGUAUGCAAUGAUAGUAAAGACUUUGAUUCUAGUAAAUGUAGUUGCAUUUAUGGGUUUGAGCCGGCUUAUCAAAAUCAAUGGAACAAAGGAAAUUUCUCUGGUGGCUGCAAAAGAAGGGUUUCAUUGAACUGUAGCGAUAAAGUUGAUGGGUUUAGAGUACUCAAGGGUAUGAAAGUGCCUGAUUUUGGAUCAGUUGUUUCACUUAACAAGUCAGGGACUUGUAAGGAAGUAUGCGUGAGGGAUUGCUCGUGUAAGGCUUAUGAGGUCGUACCAGGGAUCGGAUGCAUGAUUUGGACUCGAGAUUUGAUUGAUAUGGAGCAUUUUGAGCACGGUGGAAACUCCAUCAACAUCCGGCUAGCAGCAUCUGAAAUAGGAGGCAUGAAGGAAAAAUCGAAAUUUUGGAUCAUUAUUUUUAGUACUAUAGGUGCACUGAUGGUCGGAUUAUGCUGCUUAUGCAUUUGGAUCUUAUGGAACUUCAGGAAAAGAGUUAAAGAUUUCUUGCGGAAGAACAGAGAAUACUCAGUUAAGCCCACAAGCUCGAUGUUCCAAGUUCUAGUGGGGGAUCAAGUUGACACACCCGAUUUGCCAACUUUCAGUUUCAACAGCGUAGCUUCUGCAACAGGUGAUUUCUCUGAAGAAAACAAGCUUGGACAAGGUGGAUUUGGUACUGUAUAUAAGGGAACCUUUUCAGGAGGAAGAGAGAUCGCAGUGAAGAGACUAUCAGGAAAAUCUAAGCAAGGACUAGAGGAAUUCAAGAACGAGAUCUUACUAAUUGCAAAACUCCAGCAUCGGAAUCUCGUUAGAUUACUAGGAUGUUGCAUUGAAAACGACGAGAAAAUACUUCUCUAUGAAUACAUGCCAAAUAAUAGCUUGGACCAUUUCCUUUUUGAUGAGAGUAAACAACGAAAUUUAGAGUGGAGAAAACGAUGGGAUAUCAUUGGAGGAAUUGCAAGAGGACUGCUUUACUUACAUAGAGAUUCAAGACUAAAGAUAAUUCACCGUGACUUAAAAGCUAGCAAUAUCUUGCUGGACAAGGAAAUUAAUCCUAAGAUCUCGGAUUUUGGUAUGGCUAGGAUCUUCAACUACCGACAAGAUCAGGCCAACACGAUCCGAGUUGUCGGCACAUAUGGUUAUAUGGCUCCAGAGUAUGCAAUGGAGGGGAGGUUCUCAGAAAAAUCUGAUGUUUAUAGCUUUGGCGUGUUGAUAAUGGAAAUUGUUAGUGGAAGAAAGAACAUUAGUUUUCGAGGAUCUGAACAUGGAAGCCUCAUCGGUUAUGCGUGGCAUUUAUGGAGCCAAGGAAAGACCAAAGAACUAAUAGAUCCAACGAUGAUGGACAACCGAGACGUAAGCGAAGCGAUAAGAUGCAUCCAUGUGGGGAUGUUGUGUACACAAGACUCAGUGAUUUACAGACCAAACAUGGGUUCAGUUUUGUUGAUGUUGGAGAGUCAAACCAGUCACCUUCCACGACCAAGACAGCCUACCUUCCACUCUUUCUUGAACUUUGGCGAGAUCCUGGAAGGUCAGAAUGUUGCCACGGUCAACGAUAUUACUUUAACCACUGUUGUUGGAAGAUAA